UUCUGAUGAACAGCGGGCGCUGGGGAGGGACAGGGGGAUACAAAGGGGCAGGAGGAGGAUCCAGAGACCUCCAGCUUGCGGACUCCGGGAGCAUCCAGUUUCCUCCCUAGCUCUGUCAAGAGUUCCCUGGGCGGUGGGCGCCCUCCAAGUCAAAAACAGGAACCAUGGAGAAGGAAAAAAAAAGAGCCUCAAACGUUUUGAGAAACAAACAGGCUGGGCCUGGGGCCUGGGGUGUGCCCUGCAACUGGGGGGUGGGGCUGGAUUUUCUUGGACUCAGGGAGCAGCAGCCUCCCCUCCCACAGGAUGUGAGAGAGGAACCGGGGUCUCCAGUCACGGGAGCCCGGAGCCAGCCAGGGCCGCAGGCAGGAAGGGAGCGAGGCUGAAGGGAACGUCGUCCUCUCAGCAUGGGGGUCCCGCGGCCGCUGCCCUGGGCGCUGGGGCUCCUGCUCUUCCUCCUGCCCGGGAGCCUGGGCGCAGAAAACCACGUCUCUCUCCUGUACCACCUCACCGCAGUGUCCUCGCCUGCCCCGGGGACUCCUGCCUUCUGGGUGUCGGGCUGGCUGGGCCCGCAGCAAUACCUGAGCUACAGCAGCCUUCGGGGCCAGGCGGAGCCCUGUGGAGCUUGGGUCUGGGAAAACCAGGUGUCCUGGUAUUGGGAGAAAGAAACCACAGAUCUGAGGUUGAAGGAGAAGCUGUUUCUGGAAGCUUUCAAAGCUUUGGAUGGAAAAGGUCCAUACACCCUGCAGGGGCUGCUGGGCUGUGAACUGGGUCCUGACAACGCCUCGGUGCCCACCGCCAAGUUCGCCCUGAACGGCGAGGAGUUCAUGAGUUUCGACCUCAAGCAGGGCACCUGGGAUGGGGACUGGCCCGAGGCCCUGGCCAUCAGUCAGCGGUGGCAGCAGCAGGACAAGGCGGCCAGCAAGGAGCUUACCUUCCUGCUACACUCCUGCCCGUACCGGCUGCGGGAGCACCUGGAGAGGGGCCGCGGAAACCUGGAGUGGAAGGAGCCGCCCUCCAUGCGCCUGAAGGCCCGACCCGGCAGCCCUGGCUUUUCCGUGCUCACCUGCAGUGCCUUCUCCUUCUACCCCCCGGAGCUGCAGCUUCGAUUCCAGCGGAAUGGGCUGGCCGCUGGCACCGGCGAGGGCGACUUCGGCCCCAACGGUGACGGCUCCUUCCACGCCUGGUCCUCACUGACAGUCAAAAGUGGCGACGAGCACCACUACUGCUGCAUCGUGCAGCACGCGGGCCUCGCACAGCCCCUCAGGGUGGAGCUGGAAUCUCCAGCCAAGUCCUCGGUGCUUGUUGUGGGAAUCGUCGUCGGCGUCUUGCUGCUGACGGCAGCGGCUGUGGGAGGAGCUCUGUUGUGGCGAAGGAUGAGGAGUGGGCUGCCAGCCCCUUGGAUCUCCCUCCGUGGAGACGACGCCGGGGCCCUCCUGCCCACCCCGGGGGAGGCCCAGGAUGCUGACUGGAAAGAUGCACAUGUGAGCCCAGCCACUGCCUGACCGUCCACCUUCUGACCGCUGACAGUGAAUGCGGUCAGGCUCCCUUCGUGCUGUGAGACCUCCCGGAACACUGGCAUCUCUGAGCCUCCGGAAGGAGUCUUGGGCCCCGUUGUCCUCUGGAGCCCUGUCCUGUGGUCUGCCUCAGUUUCCCCUCCUAACACAUGGCUGUUUUCCACUUCGACAAUAUAACACGAGUUUAGGCCCAA